GGGCUGGGCUGGGCCUGGCGCCGUACAACAAGAUGGCGCCGCCCACAGCCCAGCCGGAGGCGGGACUGGGAGAGGAAGUGAGGUGCCGCGGUGACUAUGGCGGACGAGGAGGAGGACCCGCCGUUUGAAGAGGACACUGAGGAAGCCGGAGGAGGCCCAGAUGGUGGGCAGGGCAAGAGGAAGAGGCUGUUCUCCAAAGAGUUAAGAUGUAUGAUGUAUGGGUUUGGAGAUGACCAGAAUCCCUACACAGAGUCAGUGGAUAUUCUUGAAGACCUGGUGAUAGAGUUCAUCACAGAGAUGGUAGGUUCUAUUAAGGAAUCUGCUUAAUUUGUUUCUGGACUG